UGGUGCGUGUGCUUGGCGGAAUUUACAGUCUCCGACGCGCGAUUUGCACCUGCCGUAACCAUGAAAAAGAAUAACGUGUGUGUGUGUGGCGCGAAGCAUGCCGUGGAAGAAGUUGCGUUCACCGACGUUCUGUGUUAUUUAAGUAACAUGCCGACAAGAUGCUGAGCCAGUAUCCGCGCAGAAUUCGUUAGGGAGAGUUGUGUUUGGUCGGUGAUAUUUUGGAUAACACGAUAGUUAUAUGCAGUUUCCAGCAUAAUAAUGGAAGGCAAAAUUUUCGUGCAAAAUAACACCACAGCAGAUCUCAUGCAGAGUUGGCAUAUACCGAGACCAACACUAGCUCGCAGCUCAAAUAGUUCACAAGGAUCGACUUCAGGAAGUACAAAUAGCACACAGAGUGCCAGGUCUGGUUCGCUUCUGUUAACAGCGGCUAAUUUGGCGCAAAUCCAUAAAGACUCCACCAAGGAAUUGACCACGAGAGAUGACAACAUUAAAUACUUCUUGGAAUCCUCCAACAGUAACCCACUCUCGAUUCCGAUUACCGAAAAGAAAACGAGUGAUCCGGACUCUGUGUCUAUUGCCAGUUCUAUGCAUUUCACGGUAGUCAACGUACACACGAGACCGACAGUGAAGAAACGCAGCUUCUGCAAGAAACACCAGUUGACCAUUCUGGUUGUUUCAAUGAGCGCAAUCUUCACCUUUGCUAUAAUCAUGGCUAUUUUUGCGUUAGAAAUGAGAGCAAGGAGACAACCACCCCAUUGAAUAUACAAGUCGCCAGUUUUCGUUCCAGUUUAUAUUUGUACAUCCUUAGCUAGAUGAAUUUAUUUAAUUACCUUAUUUAAGCACCAAAAUUUAUUUAUUUAUUCGUCGAUAAAAGAAAUUGCAAGUUUCGAAGCAAUUUAGUUUUAUUAAAAGUAGGGCGUAGGACCGUCUAUUUAAUUUGCA